ACAAGAUUGUCCCACUGUGGUACCCUUAAACAGGAAGUGGUUUUGCUCAUACUUGUUUACAUCGGGAAGCAAGAGUGCUCGAUUUUCAGUGAGAUAUGGCCGAUGACGCACUGUUUGAGUUUCUGCACAUGGAAAUGGUGGCUCACGUUUACAAGGAGCAGGCUUCUCGGGCAGAGACGGAACAGGAGAGAACUACUUGUGUAUCAAUUUUGGAAGGCAUGGGAUUCAGAGUUGGACAAGGACUAAUAGAAAGGAUUACGAAGGACACGCCCGGGUUCAAAGAUGACCUGGACAUCAUGAAGUUUAUCUGUAAAGACUUUUGGAUAAGCAUGUUCCGGAAACAGAUUGACAAUCUGAGGACAAACCAUCAGGGAACGUACGUGCUACAAGACAACAAGUUUGCCCUUCUCACCCAGUUGUCCAAUGGGAAGCAGUACAUGGAGGAAGCUCCCAAAUAUCUGGCUUACUCCUGUGGUCUGGUGAGGGGCGCCCUGUGCAACCUGGGCAUGGACUGUGUGGUGACAGCAGAGGUCUCCACGAUGCCUUCCUGUAAAUUCCAGGUUGUGAUUCAGAAAACAUAAAACGGACUCCCUUUCGGGGGCUGCUGAAAGCCUCACAGCACUGCUGUAGUAAGAGGAACAUCAGCAAAAUGGACUGAACUGAAAUGUAUAAGAAGAUUGUUUUAGAGCAGAUGUUGUCAAACUUGGUCCUGGAGAGCCACAGGAUCUGCUGGGGUCCCCAGCCCUUGUCCUGGAGAGCCACAGGGUCUGCUGGGGUCCCCAGCCCUGGUCCUAGAGAGUCACUGGGUCUGUUGGGGUCCCCAGCCCUGGUCCUGGAGAGCCCCUGGGUUUGCCAGGGUCCUCAGCCCUGGUCCUGGAGAGUCACAGGGUCUCCUGGGGUUCCCAAUGAUAGUCCCCUGGAGUCACGUGGUCUAUUAUUUUUUAAAUUUAAUUUUAUUAUUGGAAAUCAAUGUUAUCCUGGAAAAUGUGAGGAGAUUUAACUGGGUAAUCAAUCGAUGAAGUGCUGAGUAGCAACAAAAAACAGACCCUGUGACUUGUCAGAACCAGAGUUUCUACCCUCUAACCCUUUCUAUAGAAAUGUCCCUUUAAAGAGAGUAUGUGCAUCAGGACUGCUUGUUCAGGGGCGGCUGUAUACGGCCUUUUGAGCUUUCAGCCACAGCAACACUGAAAAAGCAAUGAAUGAAAAGUGGUGAAUCCUAUAAUUUAAUACAGUAUACUGGAAUAUAAUGAAAAGAAACAAUUGCUGCUUUGGCUGGAAGCUUUAAAUGUGAACAUUCUCCUUAAUUUGCCUGUGGUCAACAGAUAAGUUUUUUUCUUUUUUAUUUUUGUAAAGAACUGAUCACAGCUGACCUGAGAUCUCCAUAGAGAUGAACACACAAUACAAUUUCUGCAGGAUGUUUUUAUUCUGUUGUAGUUUGCCAAAAAAACAACAAAAUAAUGAAUGAAAAGCCAUAUUUUUUGUCUUAUUUACCCAGAUCAUAGAUUUAUAAAUGUAUUCAGGUUUCUGGUUAUAGGUUAUAUAUACAUAUUUUUUUCUACUCUAGCAUAACUGUAUUUUCUGAAUGAUGUGAUGUAGAAACUUAACAAAAGUCAUUGUUUAAUUGUUGUGCGUGCUAUCUCAUUGAACGUUAGCUGUUCAACAUUCAGCCAGAUUUUAGACACUCCAGUUUACUCAGCCCUGAACCCUAGUGGUAUAGUGCUGUUACUGCAGCCCUUUGAUAUGCACAUGGAGCCAAAAAUGAUGUUCUCUGGGCAAGGGCAACUGUCCGAUGAUUUGGCUUUACUGAGCCAACCUGUUUAUUUUUAACAUUUGGCACCACCGUUUAUUAUGUCUCUGUUUUUUUCAGGUGAUGCGCCACCGUAGUAAACAAACUCUAGGGCAUAAACAACAAUCAAAAAUUUGUAAACAAAAUCAAAUUCCAUCACACGACUCGCAUUUCUCAGGCAGCGUGCAAGUUGCAGAGCCUCUUUUGACCACCAGGUGGCAGUGGUUCACAGGAGGGGACUCUGCACAAAGCAACACGUUCAGACGCAGAAGACCCUUUGACACACUUAACCAUUUGUAGAGCGUUUGCAUGAAGGAGAUGGAUUGUCAAACUGCGUUCAGUGAGAAGUCUCGGUCAUAUCUGGGGCAUCUCUCGUUCUACCCCGAGGGCCGGUUUGAUAACACAGCCGUUGCUAAAGUCUGCUUUCAUGGCCCCGCUACGUACAGAAUUUUAUUUUCAAGGCAGCGACAAACAAAAUUGUUGCGCUGUGAGUUGCUGGCUUAAGGUGCAGUUUGAAUCCAUCACAGGAGAGAAUCCGGAAUGAAAACUUGCACACUUGCUUGCGCUUCAGAGAUUGCGUAAGAAGGCUUAUGAAGUCCUACAGGUUGAAACGUUGAGUAAGAACGUCACUUGAUAAGCAAGUGUUGGUUUUCUUUCUGGAUUUUCUAAUGAGAUUGUUGACACGGCAACACUGAGCCAGAAAAUUCACCAAAUCUAAUAUUUUUUAUUAUUAUAUAUUUUUUGUGAACCAAGUUGCAGGAUGGAGGGAAAAAGCAUGGAUCCUUCUAGAAAAUGUCUAGCAAGCAAUAAGGUUAUUAUUUUCUUUUUGUUUUUUAACUCCCACCCCCAAUUGUUUAGCCCUUGCCAGAGCGUACAUCGUGUGUAAUUUCAGGGUUGCGGGGAACAUAGCGUCCUUUACUGGAUGCUGCAAUACGACGUGCUUUAGAAUGUGAAUCACUCAGAGCGGAUGGGUGGACCUGUGCUCUUUGCUUACGAUUUCGGCUCCGAUACCAGAACCCCCCCACCCCCACCCCCCCAAGCACUGAGAGGGAAGAAACGUCAGCAGUUUGUUGGGUGACGCCGUCUGCCCCCCAGGUAAAAACAGGGGGAGGGGAACUAGCACUACAGGCUGCACGUCCUCGAUGGGGCUGCGGUUAUUCAAAGUCACGCAGUUCGGCAUAUUUGUGUGACGGUAAAAGAAACAAAACCAUCGAUCAUGAAAACUGUCACAUGAAUUAUAUUACAUGGUUUUCAUAGCAAGCAAGUUCAUAGAGCGGUGUGUCAGUUUUGUUAGUUACUUGGUGUUCCUUUUUGAUAUUUCCCCAGUUAAAAGGUUUGGCCCCAUCUCAGUUCAGUGAUGUGACAAAGUUUACCACAUUUGUGUGACAAUAAAAAAACGUUACAUGGUUUAA